AUGCCUGGACGUACGCUUCCAACCUUCACCCGUGCUGAGGUCGAAGAGCACAAUUCGGGGGACUCUUGCUAUGUCACCAUUGGCAACAAGGUCUACGAUAUCACCGAUUUCAUUGAGGACCAUCCUGGCGGUCCCGAAUACGUUCUCGAAUAUGCCGGCCGCGAUAUUGAAAAGAUCCUCAAAGAUUCUGAUUCGCACACACAUUCUGACUCUGCCUACGAAAUCCUCGAUGAGAGCCUAGUCGGAUUUCUCGUAUCCGAAAAGUCCGUCAACGGACAUGCCAACGGCAAUGGCAAUGCGAAACUGUCCAACGGGGAUGCCAAUGCCACAGUCCACCCUCGGACCGGAAUGUCCUGCGAGGAGGAUUUGAGCAAGGAAACAGAUUACAACAUGGACUAUAAGAAGAACAAGUUUCUGGACUUGAACCGCCCUCUUUUUCCUCAGCUUUGGUUCGGUGGAUUCACUAAAGAAUUCUACCUGGAUCAAGUCCAUCGUCCUAGACAUUACAAGGGCGGCCAAUCCGCACCGCUGUUUGGAAACUUUCUUGAACCUCUUUCCAAGACAGCUUGGUAUGUGGUUCCUCUUAUUUGGCUGCCAUGCAUUGCAUAUGGCACCAACGUUGCUGCUCAAGGCUUUGACAACCAACUGUACACUCUUGGUUACUGGGUCUUUGGUGUCUUCUUCUGGACUAUUAUUGAAUACGUUCUGCACCGCUUCUUGUUCCACCUUGACUAUUACCUGCCUGAUAACCGCGUAGGAAUAUGUCUUCACUUUGUCCUCCAUGGUAUCCACCAUUAUCUACCAAUGGAUAGAUACCGUCUUGUUAUGCCACCCACUCUCUUCGCUGCUCUGGCUGCUCCUUUCUGGUGGGUGGCUCACAGCAUCCUUUGCCACAACUGGUAUGCUGCUGUAGCAGCCUACUGUGGAGGCGUCUUUGGAUAUGUCUGCUACGAUCUGACGCACUACUUCCUUCACCACCAAGACUUGCCUCUGUGGUACAAGGACCUCAAGAAGUACCAUCUUGCUCAUCACUUUCUCGACUACGAGCUUGGUUUCGGCGUCACCAGUAGAUUCUGGGACACCAUUUUCGGCACUGAGCUUAUUUACGACACCAAGAAGACAAAAUAA